AUGGGGAGAGGGAGAGUAGAGCUGAAGAGGAUAGAGAACAAAGUAAACAGGCAGGUGACGUUUGCCAAGAGGAGGAACGGGUUGCUGAAAAAGGCGUACGAGCUCUCUCUUCUUUGUGAUGCGGAGGUGGCUCUCAUCAUCUUCUCCAACCGCGGCAAGCUCUGCGAGUUCUGCAGCACGCCCAGCAUGGUGAAGACUCUUGAGAAGUACCAGAGAUGCAGCUAUGGAGCAACGGAAGCCAAUAGGCCUCUCCAUGAGACACAGAGCAGCUACCAAGAGUACCUGAAGGUCAAGGCUAGGGUGGAGCUCCUCCAGCACUCUCAAAGGAAGCUCCUUGGGGAAGAUGUGGGAUCACUCAACGCAAAGGAGCUGGAGCAGCUUGAGCAUCAGCUGGAGUUUUCCUUGAGCCGCAUUCGCUCAACAAAGGAACAAGCUCUGCUUGAAACCAACAAAUCGCUGAGAAGGAAGUUGGAGGAAAGCAGUUGUGUACAAAUGGCCCCUCUGCGGGUGACGUGGGAAGGUGGUGGAGGGAACAACCACAACAUUAAUAUUCCUUACAGCAACCUGUUUCCCUCUCACCAUCAGCAUCCAUCUUCUCAAACCUUCUUCCAUAACCUAGCUCCCACUCUCCACAAUGGGUACAAUGAUGAGGUGAACCAAGCGGUCGCUUCCACUGCCAAUAAUGAUGGGUUUAUUCCAGGCACCUGGAUGCUCUGA